GGGUUGGCGAGUGGGUGUGUGAUGAUUCUGAUAAACGGAGUGGCUCUGGUCCUGAAUAUCUCGGUCCUGACAAACCUGGUGAUCAACAGGAGAUCACUGCCACCCUACAUGUGGCUAGUGUUUAAUCUCACUGCUGCUGAUACUAUCUUCGCUUUUCUAGGUCUAACAAUACGCGGUCCUGGAAUGAUAUACUCUGACUACUACACGUCCAGUGAAGCUGGUAAAGUGUGCUGUAUCUUCUUCUUCUACGCUGUCUACCCCACCAUCUCUGUUAACUUUAACACUUACAUCUUACUGGUGCUCAACCAGUUCCUCGUCAUCAGACGACCCUUACAGUACGGUACACAGAGUACAAGUGAGAGGAGGAAGAGGAAGAUACUGCUAGCAAUAGCGGGAACCUGGGGUGUAGCAGUUGGCUACCUCAUCAUCUACCUUCUUCUAGUGCACACUGGUGUUGGUACCUCUGAGUACGAUGUAAAGAUGAGUCGGUGUUCCCUGACCAACACACAACAAGGUAAGGUAGCUCACAUGAUCCUAUCAACAAUCUUCGUUAUCAUCCCCUCCUUCACUUGUCUCGGUCUCUACAUUGGUAUUGUAGUCAUCCUCUUCAAGAACAAGAAGAGGGACACAGGAGGUGUAACUAACCACGCCUUCAUCACCAUCACCAUCCUCCUGGCUCUCUUCUACCUCUCCCACUGGCCUUCAGUCCUGCUCCGAGACAUCCCCCGGCUGUUCCAGACCAAGAUAAAACUCCCCACCUCUCUGAACAUAGCCACCUCUGUGUUCUACUACCUAAACGGUCUCACUGACCCUGUCAUAUACGGGUACCGGAGCAAAUACCUCUUCACCCGAGCUAAGAGACAGAUCGGGCUGACCUUCUCACGAGACAGCACAGGAGUAAGCAACAAGCUGAGGAGUCAGAGUCCGUCAGGGAGCCACCGUGAUGUUAGUAAUGUGGAGAGGAGCAGGGUGGAGAGCAGCAAGGGAAUCUCUCUUGCUAACAUUAACACUAGUGCCGGUGAGGUUUAGAAGAGCGGAGCUGGAGGUUACUCUUAUUUCGAACUUUAGAUUGUCAAUUUGAGUCGAGUAUUAUUAAGGAAA